UGUAAAAUGAAUAAUGAAUCAGUAUGCAUCUUAAUAUUUUAAGUACAAGUAAACAUUGUAAGUAAACGAAUAUGAAUAAAUUUUUUCAAAUUUUGCAAAUGAAUGCAUAUUGAAUGUACCAAUAUUUUUGAACAGGUAUACCUCACCAUCUUCAGGGCACUUUGUGGGCUAAUGUUCUACAAAAAGAUAACCUCAUUCUGGUCUGAAUUCGUGUCCGUGCUGAAAAAUGUUGACGCGAUCUCGACCACUUUAAAGUCACCCCGAUUUAUCCAGAUUAAGUCAUCUAUCCGAAAGGAUUUCCUUGUGAAAUGUGUUUUUGCCUCUUUAUCCCAAUUAUAUUUCAUGGCAGCGAUUAUUUUUAGUACGACUGGACAAAAGAUUGGGUUCAAAUUGGAACUAUUUAUCCGAAUUGUUAAAGCCUCAAUUCCAAAUUUGACCAUGCUUUUCCACAUUUUGGUCACGAUCUGGGCCACAUUUCCGCUUAAAGUGGCAAAAGGACUCUUGCAGAGUUUGAAGGAUGAACUUACCGCCGCCGAUAAGGCAUUACUAUCAGAAAAAUUACUUUGUAUCAAUAUCGAGAAAUGGGUCAAAGCUUAUGGCAAUGUGGCAUCCUUGAUGAAAAUAUAUUCCCGCCAUUUCGGAACGUAUUUAAUCCUGGAAAUUGGCAAUAGUGCAGUGCAGAUUUUGUGUCAGACAUUUUCCGCCUUAUCCUGGAUACUGAUUAAGUACUAUGGUCCCGCGGUGAUGAGAAUUCCACCAAUUUUGACCUCAGUAACGAUUAUUUAUCAGCUUGCGAGCGAGGCGGAAACCGUGACCGAGUUGCAGGAAGAUGUUUUCGAGUGUUUUGCAGGAUUGGAGGAAAAAAUUGAGAGAAACGAGAGAAUGAGGGUUAAGAUUAAUUCCCUCUUGAGAAAGAUGGCAAUGAAUCGCCUUCAAGUAAAACCAGGGAAAUUAUUUGUGUUAAACCGAAGAUUAAUUACUUCGAUUUUGUCCACUGUAAUCACAUUUAUCGUUGUUCUGAUUCAAUUUCGCGACGGGGAGACUACUGCAAAUAACGCAGGAUCGAAGAUGACCAGUUUUGGACCAAAGAAUUAAAUAUACUUCCAAAAAU